CUCAAGCCAAAGCGUCCCGCGACUGGCCAGCCGGCCCACGGACGCUCCGCGCUGGACCUGAAAAAGACCCAGUGCAGCCAAUCAACCAUGGGGUGCGGCGCAAGCGCCGGGUCUAGUUCCCAGCAAGGCAAGGAUUCCUCCAAAGGCAGCAAGAAGCCCGAGGCUCUGCCAUCAAAGGAGGUCGCCGCUGGCGGCAUGUCGAAAGCACAGUUCAUCAUAGACAACAAAGGCAAGAUCUUUGACUACUACGAUCUGGAAAAGAAGAAGAUCGGCGAGGGAUCGUACGGUUCUGUCUGCAAGGGCAAACACAAGCGGAUGGGGGGACUGGAGCGUGCCAUCAAGACGAUCUCCAAGACCCAAAUGAAGAACCUCGACCGGUUUCACCAGGAGAUUGCUAUCAUGAAGAUGAUGGACCACCCAAACAUCAUCAAGCUGCACGAAACGUUCGAGGACCACCGCAACAUAUACCUCGUCAUGGAGCUGUGCAAGGGCGGAGAACUGUUCGAUCGCAUCAUUGAAGUCGGAAGCUUCAACGAGGGCCAGGCCGCGAAUCUGAUGCAGCAGAUCAUCCGCGCUAUCUAUCCAAGAAACCACAUCUGCCACCGCGACUUGAAGCCAGAGAACUUCCUCUUUAUGACAAGGGAGUCGAUAUCCAGGAACCUCCUCAAGAUCAUUGACUUCGGCCUCUCCUGCGAGUUCAAGCAUGGCCAAGUGCUGACCACUAAGGCUGGCACUCCAUACUACGUCGCGCCUCAGGUGCUCACUGGCAAAUACGACCACAUGAGCGAUCUGUGGAGCUGUGGCGUCAUCAUGUUCGUGAUGCUUUGCGGCUACCCGCCCUUCUUCGGCGACACAGAUGCGGAGGUGUUGUCCAAGGUACGCCUCGGGAAUUUCACUUUCAACGCAACCGAUUGGAAAAACAUAUCUGACGACGCCAAGGGCCUAAUUCGCUCACUCCUCAAGAUGAACCCCAAGGACCGGUUCACCGCCGAGCAGUGCUUGAACCACGUUUGGAUCAAGGACAAGGCUCCCAAGGCCAAGAACGUUCCGAUCUCGAACAACUUUGUGGAUAAUCUUCGCGGCUUCCGCUCGCAGAACAAGCUGAAGAAGGCCGCCCUCCACAUCAUUGCCGGCGAACUCUCCGACUCGCAGAUCAAGAACUUGCGCGAGACCUUCCAGGCGCUCGACCAGAACGGGGAUGGCCUGCUGACGUCUGCGGAGAUGAAGCUGGGGCUGGAGAAGGCGGGGCUGGCGGACAUCCCCGCGGACCUCCAGGACAUCAUGAAGAACGUUGACGCAGACGGCAGCGGUGUGAUCGACUACACCGAGUUCCUGGCCGCCACCCUCGACAAGAAGCAGUACAUGCAAGAGGACAUGAUUUGGAGGGCCUUCGCCGUGUUUGACAAGGAUGGCGACGGCAACAUCUCUAUCGACGAGCUGAGGCAGGUCCUGAAGGAGCCAGACGUCAACCAGAUGGUGGGGGGCCAGACCGCCGAGGAGAUCAUAGCACAGGUGGACACCGACAAGGAUGGCAGCAUUGCCUUCGAGGAGUUCUGCAAGAUGAUGAGGGCGGAGUGA